GUCAUCGUCAGUGCUGCUCGCAAGAAUAUUAGUACGGAUAUGAAUUCGUGUGUCUCUUCUUAUCCUUCUUCAAAACUACAAUCUGACAAAGUUUCUGUCGCUAUUGGGGCUUGUCCGGACGGGACAGAGAAGUCAGGUUAGGCCCGGGGAGCCGUGUAGAGGCUCGGUAAUAUGGGCCUGUUGGCGAGAGUACGGAAAGAAUGGUUUAUUAUCGGUAUAGUGGCAGCAAUCGUGUCUGCGAAACUCCAGCCUGCAGUUGGACUGAAGGGAGGUCCACUGAGACCAGAGUUCACAAUCACCUAUGUUGCGGUGUCAGCCAUUUUCUUCAACAGCGGCCUGUCAUUAAAAACAGAGGAGUUGACCAGUGCCCUCCUCCAUGUGAAGCUGCAUCUGUUUGUCCAGUCCUUCACCCUGGUCUUCUUCCCUGUUGCCAUGUGGCUCUGUAUCAAACUACUGGCACUUACCUCAAUCAACACUUGGCUACUCCGAGGGUUACAGACGGUGGGAUGUAUGCCCCCUCCAGUCUCCUCUGCUGUCAUACUCACCAAAGCUGUGGGGGGGAACGAGGCUGCCGCCAUCUUUAACUCCGCCUUCGGAAGCUUCCUGGGAAUACUAGUGACUCCACUGCUACUGUUACUGUUUCUGGGCUCGUCAUCAUCUGUUCCUUUCUCCUCCAUCUUCUCUCAGCUCUUCAUGACUGUGGUCGUUCCUCUCAUCCUAGGACAGGUGUCCCGGCGGUUCCUGAGGGACUGGCUGGAGAGGAGGAAACCUCCGUUUGGAGUCAUCAGUUCUCUGGUUCUCCUGAUGAUCAUUUACACCACCUUCUGUGAGACCUUCUCUAACCCGGAUAUUGAACUGGACCACCUCAGCCUGCUGCUCAUCACCUUCAUCAUAUUUUGCAUCCAGCUGAGCUUCAUGCUGUUGACGUUUGUCUUCUCCACACAGAAACAGUCUGGUUUUACUCCAGCUGACACAGUAGCUAUCAUGUUCUGUGCUACACACAAAUCUCUCACCCUGGGUAUACCCAUGUUAAAGAUAGUUUUUGAGGGGUAUGAGCAUCUCUCUCUGAUCUCCGUCCCUCUCCUCAUCUAUCACCCUGCUCAGAUCCUACUGGGCUCAAUACUGGUACCCACCAUCAAGAGCUGGAUGAACAGCAGACAAAAGCCUAGUAUUUUAUUGCAUUGAUACCUACCUGUCUGGUCUGUGGAGUGAAGUUGACCGACCUACAGCCCAUCUGAAGUGGACUCUCCCUAGUGUGUACACUCAUUCACUCCCCCUCAUGGGGAGUAUCCAUUAAACUGUGACAGAAGGGACUACUUCCUUCCUCCAACGUAUCUCUCUGGUGGAAGGAUACAUACAGAAGCACAAGUGCCUCGUCACAACCACGUGACUCGCGAACACGUAGUCUUGGGCUUAACGGUUGUGAUGGUUACUAUGACAAAACUUGUAUGAUUUGUUCGAUGGUUUACUUUUAUACGAACAUAGAAGUCUCUCUAUUUUUGUAUCCCCCAUGAAGACGGUGUCGACUUCCUGUGAGACAAGAAGUACUACUGAUGGUCAUCAGGAAGUGAAUUGUGAGACGACACCGCCUGCCAUGGACCGGCUGGGACUGUCCUCUAACUAUUUUUCUGGGGAUGUUACAUUCAAAGACUCUUUUCUGACAAUCAGUUUUUUUUAUGGUUUUGAACAAUGACUAGUUUACUGAUAGUUUCUAUUGCUUGUUUAGGCUUUUGCGGGGCGGGGGGGGGGGGGAUUAUAUAUAUAUUUUUAAACGUUAUUACCAUAGUUGAAGGACAGACAUCUGGUGAUGUCUCCCUGUCUGUAUUCUGGGGGAGGACAAUGUGAAGUGUCUGAAUUGCCAUCCUAUCUACCGUAAAGUGCACUACAUUUGACCAAGGCCCGGCCAUCGGUAGCACACUAUAUAGAGAAUAGGAUGCCAUUUCGGACCCUGAAUCGACACGUCUCUGAUCUUGAACCAAUAGUAUAAUAGCGUUCAGCAGAUGGAGAUAUGACUAUAGAUUCCUUAUUCUACAGGUCAGAGUCGUUUCUGUUCUACUUUCUAUAUUUCUUUCUGAACAGUGAACAUGCUAAACUAUGUCAGAAGUGUGUCCCAAAUAGCAUCCUAUUCCCUAUAUAUAUUUAUAUUAGUGCACUACUGUUGACCAGGGCCCAUAGGGCUCUGGUCAAAAUAAGUGCACGACGUAGGGAAUAGAGGGCCAUUUGGGACGUAGCCCCAUGCCUAGGUGCCUUGGCAUAACGUCAGUAAUACAUACUAACACGUUGAUGAUUUAUUAUUUUGUUUUCAGAUUUUUCUAAUGCUGUUACCAAACAAACACUGUGUGACAACAAGGACCAAUGGCAAUGUGUUCCACAUGAAACUCCACCCCUUAUUGGCCAGUCAGGAUGCAGACUCUCAGUACUGAAAAGAUUAACCUUUCGGUUUGGGCGGAUGUUAGAAGGACAGGUUACUUCUCUAGUAUGAAUAAAAACUGUGAUUUAAA